AGGCUGCGCGUGCGCUGUAAAAAAUGGUUUUCCUGGUUCUCUUUCACGCACAUUGAUGGGGUUUUAGUGUUUGGUGGUGAAUGAGUGAAGGCUGACGUUUUAUAAGGCAUGGCUGAAGCAAUCUUUCAAGCACCCAAGAGGAAAAGAAUAGUCUAUGAAACGUAUAAGGCACCUUUUCCUGUUCCAACUUUAAAUGAGUUUGAAGGGGUAGAGCAGUUCAAAAUAUAUAGUGCCGAAAUCUUUAACAACAACGUAAUAGUGAGGAAUCCACAAGCUAUAGAAGAUUUGUAUUGCAGGGGUUAUUUCGGAAAAGGUGUUCUGUCAAGGAGCAGCCCAGAGUAUAGUGUUUCAGACCAAAUAUUAGCAGAAAAAUGGAGGGAUCGGAAUUAUAUGGGCUUGCCAGUAAUUACCUCUGCCAAGUAUGAGAGUCAUCGAGAGUGGGCCAGAAGUCUUCUGCAUUCCCAGGGACUGGAUGAAACUUCUGUAGAUAAAAUUCUUGAGAAUUAUACCUGCCCUAUUGAAUUGCCCUGCCUUGAAGAAAAUAAUGAUGCAGAUAAGAAUGUAUACAGUAACUCUACAACAGAGGAGGAGGGAGUGGAGUGCCAAGCAGGCGGGGAAGGCAUUGAGGCUGCCAGUGUGACCCAAGACACGGAUGUUGCUGUUGAUGACACUGCUUGUCCCUGUGAUGAGGAUGAAAGCUGCAAUUUGGUCACUAAGAAAGUUCAAAUGGAAGGGAAUGAACAGUAUGACCCAUUGGCACAGUAUGGUCAUUAUGUUGGUAAUGACCCAUUGGACAGUGAACUGCUGUGUAAAGUACACUGUUACAGACAUGAUGAUUUGAUCAUUCACUGUGGCUGCAGUACUGAGGGGCUGUUACUUCAGCAGACCAGUAGCACAGCAGGAGUUAAAAAUGUAGAAGUUUCUAUAAACCAUGGAUAUGUGCUGGUUCAGGAAGAAGAAGAGCACAUAUGUGAGGAAGAUGGAGACAGUAAGGGUGAAUUGAUCAAGACAGAACAAUUAGUCUGCAGAAGAAACCCAUAUAGAAUUAUUGAAUACUUACAGCUCGGCUUGGAAGAGGCCUUUUUCUUGGUUUAUGCCUUAGGCUGUUUGACAGUUUAUUACAUGGAGGAACCAUUAUCUAUUGCAAAACUGUGGGAUGUUUUUAGCGUAAUCAAACCCAGUUUUAGAACAACAUAUAUGGCAUACCACUAUUUUCGGAGCAAAGGAUGGGUUCCAAAGGUCGGACUAAAAUAUGGAACAGAUCUUUUGCUUUAUCGAAAAGGGCCCCCUUUCUACCAUGCAAGCUACUCUGUUGUGGUACAGAUGGUAGAUGGUAGUGACAUGGGAAGACCACAAAGAUCCUUUACUUGGAGAUCACUUGCUGGCUUGAACAGAACUACAGUCAACGCUUCUAAGGAACUCAUGUUUUGCUAUUUAAUUAGACCAUCGGAUAUGACAAAUGAGGAAAUGUCAUCACCCAGUUGUAUGAAAAGAAUCAAAGUGCAGGAACUAAUUUUCAGUCGCUGGGUCUCUUCACGAGAACGUACUGAUCAAGAGUAACAUACAAAACUUGCCCAAUCAACAAAGUGUAAAACAUGGCAUAAUAGAAGUCUGUCUUUCACAAAACUAGAAUGAGGUGCAAACCUAAGUAUCUGUGGAUGCUAGGAGGACACCAUACAGAUAACAAAAUUAUGCACUUCAGAUUUAAAAAAAAAAGAUAAAACAGUUGUUGCAGCACUGUGAAAUAUUUUUUACUCCUUUUUACAAAGAAAGUACUGUGGGUAUUUUGGAAGUAACUCCUGUAAAUACUGGCUACAAAUACCAUUGUGCUCUUUAAUUUAAAUUUAGUUUUUGCCAUAGACACAGCAUAAGAAACCUUUUUUGACACACUGUAAUUCUAUUUUUGUUAUAUACAUUUUUAUUUAUUUAAUAAGUACAUUUAGUUAUUAAUUUUCCAUUCAUUUAUAUGAUUUUUUUUAUUAAAUAAAUGCAUGUAUAUAUUUGGUAGUAGGCUCUGAUUCUGCAUUAAAGUGACAAAAAGGUAAAAACAAAAGGAAAAUGGUCAUACAAAUUA